CUGUAAGCCUUAGAACCCAGCUGUUGCCAGGGCAACGGGGCAAUACCUGUCUCUCCAGAGAUGAAGUUGCCAGGGUAACUGCAUCCUGUCAUUCUUUCCUGGGGACCAUCCGGAAUGCGGCACCCACUGGCCGUUACCAUGGCAACUGCCUUUUUGCCCCACUUAAUCCUAUCCCGUCUGCUACAAGGGCCCCACAGUUGGAGGUGGGGGAGGUGGGAAGAGAAAAGAUCACUUGUGGAUGAAGUUUGUUCUAUUCCACCUCCUCCAGCCCCUCCUUGGGUCUGUCACCCCAGGGGUGCUGGGUCCAUCCACCCCCAGGCCCACACAGGCUUGCAGUAUUGUGUGCAGUAUGGCCAGGGCGUCCGAGAGCAGGUUUCGCAGUGGAAGGCAGGCAGGUGUUGGGGAGGCAGUUACCGGGGCAACGGGAACAGGGCGUUUCGGAGGUGGUUGCCAUGGGGACCUGGAUGCUGACGAAGGCUCGCGAGGCUGUGAGCAGCCACAGUGCCCUGCUCAGAAGCCCCGGUCUCGUCAGUCAAGCCGGUUCUCUGUUUGCACUUGGCAGCACGGGCAGGCGAGUGGCCCCUAGGUCCGGGAGCAGAGUAGCAGUGCCCCAGUCCUAGUCCCCCAGUCCCAAGCCUCACCUGCCUGCCCAGCGCCAGGAUGGCCACCAUCACCUGCACCCGCUUCACGGAAGAGUACCAGCUCUUCGAGGAAUUGGGCAAGGGAGCCUUCUCGGUGGUGCGAAGGUGUGUGAAGGUGCUGGCUGGCCAAGAGUACGCUGCCAAGAUCAUCAACACCAAGAAGCUGUCAGCCAGAGACCAUCAGAAGCUGGAGCGUGAAGCCCGCAUCUGCCGCCUGCUGAAGCACCCCAACAUCGUCCGACUCCAUGACAGCAUCUCGGAGGAGGGACACCACUACCUGAUCUUCGACCUGGUCACUGGUGGGGAAUUGUUUGAAGACAUCGUGGCCCGGGAGUAUUACAGUGAGGCAGAUGCCAGUCACUGUAUCCAGCAGAUCCUGGAGGCUGUGCUGCACUGCCACCAGAUGGGGGUGGUGCACCGGGACCUGAAGCCUGAGAAUCUGUUGCUGGCCUCCAAGCUCAAGGGUGCCGCAGUGAAGCUGGCGGACUUUGGCCUGGCCAUAGAGGUGGAGGGGGAGCAGCAGGCAUGGUUUGGGUUUGCAGGGACUCCUGGAUACCUUUCCCCAGAAGUGCUGCGGAAGGACCCAUACGGGAAGCCCGUGGACCUGUGGGCUUGUGGGGUCAUCCUGUACAUCCUGCUGGUUGGGUACCCCCCAUUCUGGGAUGAGGACCAGCACCGCCUAUACCAGCAGAUCAAAGCCGGCGCCUAUGAUUUCCCGUCGCCGGAAUGGGACACCGUCACCCCAGAAGCCAAGGACCUGAUCAAUAAGAUGCUGACCAUUAACCCAUCGAAACGCAUCACAGCUGCCGAAGCCCUAAAGCACCCCUGGAUCUCGCACCGCUCCACCGUGGCAUCCUGUAUGCACAGACAGGAGACCGUGGACUGCCUGAAGAAGUUCAACGCCAGAAGGAAACUGAAGGGAGCCAUUCUCACCACAAUGCUGGCCACCAGGAACUUCUCCGGAGGGAAGAGUGGGGGAAACAAGAAGAGCGAUGGUGUGAAGAAAAGAAAGUCCAGUUCCAGCGUUCAGUUAAUGGAAUCCUCAGAGAGCACCAACACCACCAUCGAGGAUGAAGACACCAAAGUGCGGAAACAGGAAAUUAUAAAAGUGACAGAGCAGCUGAUUGAAGCCAUAAGCAAUGGAGAUUUUGAGUCCUACACGAAGAUGUGCGACCCUGGCAUGACGGCCUUCGAACCUGAGGCCCUGGGGAACCUGGUUGAGGGCCUGGACUUCCAUCGAUUCUAUUUUGAAAACCUGUGGUCCCGGAACAGCAAGCCCGUGCACACCACGAUCCUGAAUCCCCACAUCCACCUGAUGGGCGAUGAGUCGGCCUGCAUUGCCUACAUCCGCAUCACGCAGUACCUGGAUGCCGGCGGCAUCCCACGCACCGCCCAAUCGGAGGAGACCCGCGUCUGGCACCGCCGGGACGGCAAAUGGCAGAUUGUCCACUUCCACAGAUCUGGGGCGCCCUCCGUCCUGCCCCACUGAGGGACCAGGCCAGGGUCGCUGCGUUGCUGAGCCGCAGAGAUCCACUCUGUCCCUGGAAUGGAGCUGCUGGUUCUCCCAGGUGGAUUUUGCUGGAAUUCCCCCAUCUCAUCACCCCACCACUGUCACUUCUGUACCUGCAUCAAGAAAACCCGCUUGUCCACAAAAGUCAUCGCAACUUCAGAGCCAAUGGCCACAUCUCUCCACCUCUGACCCCCACCCUCUCCCCGGCCAGGCUGGGGCUUCCUCAGGCCUGAGUGCCCAAGUCACCAGCCCCCUCUCCCCCGCCCUGGCUGCUGUCUGCCUGGCCUGCCUUGGGCUGUAGGCUAGAAUGCCCAGGCUGUAUGCCCACCAGGGGCUGGGGAGAAGUAGGGGUGGCAUGGUGAGGAAGGCAGCAUCCGCCAGUCCCUCUCCUGGACCUCUCCUCUUCCAGGUGUCCGAGGAAGGGCAGAUGACACCCCCUAGCCCCCUAAGCCAACCUCCCUGAAGGAGUGGGGAGAGGAGCAGACGCCAGGAGCCUCCUGCCUCAAAGUGCUCCCCGAGUCUUCUCCCUCCUGUGCUGACCUCAGGGUGGUCUGACCCUUCCCUCUGUGUGGGGGUCUCGGCCCUCUCAGGUGCCCCUACUUGCUUUCUGCUUCCUUCUGGUGAAGUCCACCUCCAACAUUCAACCCCCACAUGCCCACCAUUGUCCCUGGAGAAUUCCAGCUUCGUCAUAUCUCAGAGAGGAAAUCUAAUUGUUUUUUGGGGCAAAAGAAAGCAACGUUUAGGUAUCACUUCUACUUGGACCGCAUGCCUUUUUAUAGCCAAAUUUCUGUGUAUUUCGUAAAUGGAUUUUGCGUUCCUGGAUAUUUAUGUAAUAACUAGACUUCUCAGAUUAUUGUGAGAAGGGUUGGGUUGGAAGGGGUGUAGGAAGAGGGAUGAGGGGUAGUUUUUUUCUGUUCUAGUUUUUUUUUUUUUGUCAUCUCUGAGAUGGACCUUGUCACCUGUGGUUAUUAGGGCCGAGGCGAACUCAGCUCCAGAGAGAAGGGCCUCUCUGCCAUUUCGGUCCCAAAGUGAGCUGACACGAGCAUUCCUUUUGGGACUGUGGAAGCAUCAGAUACAGCGCUGACUCAGGAAUAGCAGUUUAGGGCAGAGAGGAGGAGGGAGGCUGUAGGGAUGGAAAUAUCUGGACUUUUCUUUGCUUCCCUCCCAAACUGGGGUCUUCACUAUCGCACUUCCCAGGAUUUCAUCUCACCAUAUCUGCGUGCGGCCCCCAGCACCCCCCACCCACCUCUGGGGGGCCCAUGAGCAUGUGUUCUCAUUGCCUCUCCCCCCAUGGCAUCUGAUGACCACAGCAGAGCACUGGGAAUUUCUACUUUUCAUGCGUCAUCCUGCAGCCUCGGGUUCGCAUCCUCUCUUUCUUUUCCUCUUUCCCUCUUUCUCUGGGAUUGACUCUGAGUGGAAUACCUUGGCACAUCCACUAGGAUCUACUGUCUGCACUGUUUUCUUUGCAUGACUUUAUAUGCAGUAAGUAUGUUGAAAACAAACGAAAAGAAGAAAACACUCAACAAAACCAAUCUACAUGUUUUGGACUAAAAAAAAAAAAAUAGAGGUUGUAUUCUCAGUGUCCGACUCGGAAUUAUGUUGCUGCCUCUCUGUGCUUUUGGCCUCUGUGUGGCCGUGUUUUGCCAGCAUGAGAUACUGUCCCCUCUGGAGGAUUUUAGGGGAGGAAGAGCCACGUCCCCAGGGAUUGGAGGAGGCUCCGGUACCCUCAGCCCUCCUGGGUGUUGGUUGGAGCAGAAUUGGUGAGGAUGUUUGAUCCAAGACUUUCUUCUGAGUUCUCCCCGAUCACCAGCUGUCUGCUGGGUUCUUAAGUCCUGCUGCCCAGACCCAGGUGACGCAGGCAGCACCAGGUUUGCAAGCCAGGAGAGAUGCUGCCCAGUCCUCCUGGUUUCCAGGCUGGUCCAUCACUGGCCUCUGUCCUUGGCAGAGACCUUGCUGCCCAGGUCCUGGGUGUGCUCUUGGCCUGCCCCAGGCCUAGAGGGCUUCCCAGUAAGGCCCAGUGAUCCCAUUGUCCCUGGGGCAAAAGCACCUGUCCCCCUUGUGAGCUGCCGGUUCCGUACAGCCAUCCCCAGUCAAGCAUGAUGGUGUGGCCUUCACCAGGGGCUGUUGCAAUUACCGAGCAAGGUCUGAGCUCUUCUUCAGCCUCAGUUUCCUCAUUGGUUAAAAGCGUUCAUUGCUCCCAUCCAGCUGAUGAAGGAGCAGACAUCUGGCGAUGUGAAGCCUAAUUUACCCACAGGAACUGGCAGGGAUACUCACUGGCAAGACUCCUGUUUACUUCUAGAACUGGCCAGGCCCCAUGCCCUCCCCCGCCUGCCCCGGAUUCCCCUUUUCGGUGCCUGUCAACUGCUUUUCAGCAGUGGACUGCAGGGGAAAAAGCAGUGGUUUGGGGUGAGUAGGCUUCAAUUCCCAGCUCUGACCUGACUUGCUGUGUGACCUUGGGCAAGUUCCUUCCCCUCUCUGGAGCUUGGUUUCCCCGCCAGAGGAAACUGAGCUGUAGGAGCCUGAGGUCCUGCCUUUCACUGGCUGACACACCUCCUGUCCACUGUGUCCCUCUCCAAGUGCCAGAGAAGUGGAGGCAGGUCACUACCCCAGGCUGCGAUGGCCCCCACUGUGAAGGCCAGCCUGUGGGUGGGCAGCCACCUGGUACCACCACAGGGCACCAGGAAUGAUCCGGAGGCAGCAGGCAGGGGAAACUCACAGAAAAAUCUGCCCAUAGCCCACCCUCACCAGACAAACUCUGUGCUCCUCCAAAACACCCUUUAGAUGCAAAAAAAAAAAAAAAAAAAAAAAUCCAAACCCAAGUCAAAACCUUGGCUCCAGUAUGCAAACACGUUUCCAGGAAAGUGCUCUCCUGGGUUUGUGCCCACAACGGUGCGAAUCCUGACCCAGGGCCUCCUGUCUCCCUUCAAAGGGAGACCCUUUGGGGGGAUGAGCUUGCCAGACUCCCCGUGCUGGUUUCUUUGUUACUAUUUGUUUGGGGGUUUGUUUGAGUUCUUUUUUGUUUUUCUUUUCUUUUUUAAAACUAUGUGGCUGUGAACUUGAAUGACCACUGCUCAAACUUUCUGCUAUUUGGGGGGUGGGGUGGGAAGAAGGGGCGUCUGUUUUAUUCUUGGUGUUUUCAGUGCAAUAAAUAGCUACAAACUUCUGUGCA